UUCGAGCGGUGAAAGGCGCGAGUGGUUUCCAAUAGCGUUGAAAAAGUUUAGUAACAAAAUAUGUUUUUCUUUCCUUUCGUACUUUGCUUAAUUAGUUGGAGUUUUGUGAUCACAGAGGCGUUCUUUUUAUUCAAAGUGAAAACGGAGCCCAUAUUGUUUUGUCUUAAAGUCUGCCCACUCUACUGUCAUCCAAGAAGUAAACGAGAUGUUGACAUGUCAGAAAUCUACUUAGAUGACGACGAAGGACCUUGGAAAGAGCACUGGCAUGAUUACCCACCACAUCCCUACCCGCAUUAUCCGCAUUAUCCGCAUUACAUCUACAUCUGUAAACAACCAGUUACAACUACCACGAUGAAACCAGUUACGACCACUGAAGAACCGACGUACAUUUGUUCGCUUUGUAAAACUAAGUGUGAUUACCCUCCUACAAAGAAGUAACUCGUAACCUUGGUAUAAUAAAGCCACAGGAGAUAAUACGUUACAAGUGCUUUGUUUACAUGAAACAAAUGAUAUACAAGGCGUCACACGACUAUGUCACACGGAGGGAAAGUACUUUAAA